AUGGCCUCCAUCCCACCGGUGGCUAACAUGCCGAAUCUACACUGGAUUCCCCCUGUAACCUUUCCUCCUCGCUAUCCGGACCCAGAGAUAGCAAAUCCCGGCUGUAAUGAGAUCGUAGUCUGUGUUGUAUGCGGUGUUAUAUGCACCCCGACGGUCCCAAGUGCGCUUUCCGAAGAUUACGCACGACGUUGGAUGCACCCGUGGCUCGUCAAGGCGAAACCGGGCUUUUUGGAACGGCGUGCAGAUCCUCAAAACGCGAGAGAGUCUCGUUUUCAAGAGGUAAACCCGAUCAGACUUCUUCAAGUUGUGAAAUUCAGCGGCGGCGCGAGUGGUUUCGGUCUCAAAGGAGGAAAGUCGGUUGCAAUCAACACCAACGACCCGGAGAUGUAUAUCCCUAUUCAUUCCGUCUGCUUUGAACUAACUGAGAUAUUUUGCGAAUUUCGGUCCAGCUGCGACUUCAACUUCAGAAAGUUCUCCCGGGGCAGAAAUGAAUAUGGGAUCCCCUGUCGCAUGGAUCUGUUCUACGAAAUCUGGAUGCAGCGCGCUCGGAGGGUCCGCCAGGAGAAUAACGGGGUCCUCGAGCUCCCCAUUAGCGAGCAAACAGACUACCUUGGUAUUCUAUACACGAGUCGUCUAGAAAUAUAUAACGAUUACAUCAACCAUUGCUGGCCGGCGAUGCCCGUUCAACAAGCUGAUCCCUCACCCAAUGAAAUGGCAACGACACUAGUCAUCCUAAAGCGCUUGGUACUCCUCCAUGAGCACUCUAGCAAGCCGGACCCGGCGUAUCAAGCUAUACGGCACGGGAUGGAAAACCGUCUGCCCAUCGAGCUUACUGAUAUGAUCAUCGAGAAAUUAAGGCCAUUCUACAACCUCACUCCUGAACAACUCACCUGCACGCGCGCGUUGUCGCCCUCGUGGUGGAAGAAAGAGCUGCUAAGCGGCAAACUGAUCCCGUGGCUGUUCGAUAUCGACGAAAAAUAUAUGUUCAUAGUAAAGUGGAGGUUCAAAGUUGAAAGGCCUGGCGAGCCCCUCGACAUAAACAAGGACUUGGACUGGGAGCUGCUUUGCCGCCAGCUGGGCCAGAAAAACUUAUUCGAGCCGGGCGGCAUCCUGUUCGGAGAGAAAAAGCUCGAGAACCGCUGGCGUAUCUGGCGUCUUCUCGACGGCGCACGCCUUGAACCCGAUCGCCCGGAGGAACUUCAUUCAUAA